AUGAAAAUCAUCGUCAUCGGCGCCGGAAUCUCCGGCCUGGCCACCUACCUGCACCUCCGCAAGCACCUCCCCAGUCCGCGGGGCCACGACGGCUCGGCGCACACAAUCCACAUCUACGAAUCCCACCGCCCGCGCUCCGGCAUGCCCGCCGCCAAUGAUUUCGAUGCACUGUCGUCGUCUACGGCCAUUGUAGGCGGCGGCCUCGGCGUCUCCCCCAACGGCAUGCGCGUGUUGUACGACCUGGACCCGGAUCUGCAUGCCGCUGUCGCGGCGCAGGGGUUUCCGUGCGACCACUUCAUCUUCAUGGGCCGGAAUGGCUGGACGUUGGGGAUGCAGCGGACGAGUGACCGGGGUGGGUUUGAGGGGCCGGAGGGUAGGGCGGAGGUGUGUGUGAGUUCCUCGAGGCACGGGCUGUGGGGGUGUUUGAUGGCCAGGGUGGAGGAGGGGGCCGUGAGGUAUCGGAGGGUGGUUUCGGUAAGGGCGGCUGGGGAAGGGAAGAAGGUGGUGGUGUUUGAGGAUGGAGGAGAGGAGGAGUGUGAUUUGGUGAUUGGGGCGGAUGGAGUCAAGAGCGAGGUAAGGACGGCCUUGUUUGGGGAGGAUGAGGAAGGGGAGUAUAGUCCCCAGUACACCGGGGCCUCGGGAAUUGGCGGCUUCAUCAACGGCCCUCUUCCUCCUCGCGUAGCCGACAACAAAGCCAUGGUCUUCAUCUUUGGCCGUAACGGCUUUUUCGGCUAUGCCAGCGCGUCGCCCGCCGAAGCUGACAACCUCAUGUGGUGGUCGACGUUCGAGACGGACUCGCUCCCGUCCAAGACGAAUCUCGACGCCGAGGAGAUCAAAGCCUCUCUGAGGGAACGUCACCGCACCUGGGCAGACCCCGUGGUGCAGGACAUCAUCUCCAAGGCCGAGGUCGAGACCAUCUACCCGACGUGGGUGCUUCCGAAUCUACCUCAUUACGGCGAGAACAGGAUCGUGUUGGUGGGUGAUGCCGCCCAUGCCAUGAGCCCCACGACCGGCCAGGGCGCGUCCCAGGCGUUGGAGGAUGCCCAGACGCUGUCGUUGCUCCUGGCUGAGACUUUGGGGAGGGCAUACGACACAAGCAGUGAGGAAACGGAAACAGGCGCAGUUGCCCUGGCUCUCAAACUCUUCUACGAGAUCCGCCAGCCGCGAGUUGCGGCCAUUGUCGAACGGGGAAAGAAGAUGGACAAGGGCAAGGGAGAUGUGGGCGUGGUGGCGGAAUACGCCAUGUACUGUCUUCUCUGGGUUGUGCUGCAUUUCCCGUCUAUUGGUAAGGGGUCCACCAAGUUUGACUCGACUCAGUUCGACUCGAGGUAA